AUGGCAAAAGUGAAGAAAUCGGGCAAAUUGUCGAAGACCAAGCUGGGAGGCUCAUCGUCCGGUUUGAGUUUGAGCGUGGAGCGGGGAUCUGUACCGACCGGAGGGGCACAGACGCAGGGAGAGACGGCAGCAAUGUCGGCAAGUCAUAGCUACGAUUCCGUACCAAGUCCAAGCUCUGAGUCAACCUACAGUAACGUUGGAACCUACGACCAUGACAGGAAUCCGUCCACAAGACAAGAACGAGAAGAUGGAUCCAGUAGUGGCAGAUCGUAUGGGGUUGAAGGAGAAUAUGAUGACGUCAUGGCACCCGAUCCAGGAGGGGGACAGUAUUGGUCAGAUGAGAUGAGUCGGGGAGAUAGAUUCGUAGGGUCAUCCAGCACAAGGCAAAAUAAACUGAAACCAUCCAAGCGUAUCAUUGAGAGAAAGUUUCGAAUUCUCCUGAACGCCAUGCCGUUAGAGGCGGAGCAGGUACAGAGAAUGGAAUCUAUGGAUCCGGACGACAAGUGGAGGAUGAUUUGUGAACAGCCCUCCAUGCCCUCCCUCCAUGAUCCUAAAUACUACAUCGACCAGCUUCGAGCUCACAUGAACCCCAACGUCCACAGUCUCAAGAAGGUUCCCAAGAAACUGAUCAAGGAUCUGCUGCCUACGAGGACAAUACUGGAGGAUCUUAAGGAGGAUCUGCAGACGUAUAAUGCAGAAUUCAUAAAAGAGUUCGUUUCGGAUCAACUGAAUGGUCCUGAGGUACUCUGCCGCUUCGUGCGCGACACGCAGAACCUGCUGAUUGAGAAACAACGAAUAGCCAACACCACGUCGGCUGAGAAACAGGCAACACUUCAGAAGAAACAGAAGUACUUCGAUACUGUCAAGAGAGAGCAGGUUGAUGAGUCUGAUGCACUCUUCUGUCUGAAAUGCCUAGCAUCCAAUGAGAGAGGAAGACAAGUUAUCACCACGGGUGCAGACAUUUUAGAGACAAUAUCGUUCUGUAUCAUCAGCAGAUCGUUAGCAUCGAGGAUCAAUGCCUUCAAGAUUUUAACUUAUGCCUGCGAGGCGAGAGACGGCCACGACAGAGUACUCAACGUCUUCAACUUCCUGCGAGUCAAGAUAAAGGAGAAGGUUCGAUUCCACGCAUUGUCACAGAUGUUGGCUGUGGAGAGGUCACGCACGGAUCUUGUGGUGGUAUGUCUGAAGUUCAUCAACACGCUACUGAACACCACCCGAAAUCUCAACCGGCGAGUUUACCUGCAGUAUGAGUUGGAACUAGCUGAGUUCGAUGCCAUCGAACUGGAAAAGUCAUUCCAUGGCAACCUCCCUCCAACAAUCAAAGCUGAGCUGGAUCAGUGGCAUGAUCACUUCAUUAGCAUACAGGGUCUCCAAGACAACCUGGCGGAAAUACAAGAGCGAAAUGACCUGCUCAGACAGGAGGUCGACCUGCAGCAGGAAAAGAUCAGGGAAUUCGCAGGCAGCAAGACUGAACUGCAACAAAAAUUACAAGAGGUGGACGGGAAGUCACAGGAAUAUCGUGAGAGAGUAGUGGAACUUCAAGACACGCUGGAACACAUUAGGAAAGUCUACCGACAACAGACAGGGCAAGACCUAGAGACUCAACUCAAAUCUUACCAGCUCCUCAUGAAGCCCUUAGACUUGGAGCAGUCGGAACCGUCCCUAAGCAGCCAAGAUUCCUCCGAGGCUCCUAGUACGGGGAGCGUGACGCCGGUGUCAUCAACGACUGAACUGAACGGAGGGCUCCGGUCUCCUGCAGCGAAGAGAACGGGAGGGACCACAGAGACCAAAGUCAAGACGACAACAGGCGGUGGUCAAACCUCUGCCGUUUCAUCAAAGACUCCAAAGGAUCCAGCUCUCCAUCUACCGCUCGCCGACAAAUCCUCGUCCAUCCCUGCCGCACCUGCUCCACCCGCACCCGGCCUACCCACCCCACCGCCUGCUCCUCCAAUGUUCGGACAAACAGACUCCAGAAGAAAAAGAAGAAUCAUUUCCACUGCACCACUGCCCAUGUUGAAUUGGGUGACGCUUCAUCCAGUCAGCAACACAAUAUUCAAAAACAUAGACGACGAACGAGUACUAACAGAGCUAGACUUUACCGAUUUUGAGCGCAACUUCCGCCUACGGGAGGCCAAGUACAACACGCUUGCCAUGGAGAGAGUAAGACGGCUGCAAGAGAGACUAGCUGAGAAGAUCACCGUUAUUGAAACAAACAGAGCCAGAAAUUUAGUGAUCACAAAGAGAAGAAUCGGGUUACCAACGAAGGAAAUCAAAGAUGCCAUAGAUAUGUGCGACACCAGCCUGGUAGCCGGCGAAUUCGCUGAGCUGCUUCUGAGAUUUCUGCCAACAAAGGAAGAGUUGAAGUCUCUUGCCAAGCACGCAGAUGAUUACGAGGGAAUGGGAGAGGCCGAACAGUUCAUGUUUCAGAUGGCUCGAGUUGAUCGGUAUGAGUCCAAGCUGCGUCUGAUGGCCUUCAUGGGGAUAUACAAGGAACUCAUUGUCUCACUGCAACCGGACAUGAUAGAAAUCGUCAGAGCAUCGGAGAGCAUCAUGAAAAGCAAGAAACUGAAAAAGUUGUUCGAGAUCAUUUUGGCGUUUGGUAACUACAUGAAUAGCAGUAGACGAGGCACAGCAAGCGGAUUUAGAUUGGAGACGUUGGAUAACAUGACCUUUGUCAAAGCCGCAGACAGAUCUCACAAUUUUUUGAAUUACCUUGCCGAGACCGUCCGGCGAUGUUACCCUGAGGUCCAUAAUUGGUAUGAUGACCUCCAGCUUGAUCGGGUCAAAACCUCAUCAUUGGAGUCUCUGACCAUGGAUAUCCACGGGCUACGGAAGGGUCUAGAACUGGCCAAGUCGGAGAGAGAUCGUCAGCAAAACAACGCUAUCAUUGAUGAGUUCUACAAAGCAUCUUCUGACAAGGUCUAUGAGCUUUCCGAGCGGUUUAAGAUCACCGAGGACACGUAUAAACACAUGUGUGCAUUAUUCGGCGUUAAACACAAAGAAAUGGAACCCAGUGAUUUCUUCAAGAUUUUCAUCAACUUCGCCUUCGAGUAUAAGAAAGCAGCCAAGGAGAACUUGGAUCGACCAAUCAGAGCCAAUCCUGCGCGUAAACAGACUGUCAAUGCCUUACGUCAGAUCUCCAACGAAGAGGUCAACGCGCAGGCGCAGCAGAAGCCUAACAAGUCCAAGUUGUUCUUCAGCCGUAGCAGCAGCAAAUCCAAAACUGGCAAUCCAGACUCUUUAGAAAUCACCAAGCGAUCCUCGCCUACAAAACUCUCCUCGCCGGCUUCCAGCGACUCCGGGGUGUUCCUGACCGUGACGCCGGAGAUGGAACGGGAGCUGGACACCAUUCCAUACGGCCCGGGCUACCAGAACGGACACGCUGAGGUCAACGGGAACAAGGAGGACAAGACAGGGAAGAGUAACGGCGUGGUGCUGCUGGGACAGCGACCGUACAAUGUCAACAACAACAGUGAUGCUUACGCUGGUAUUGCUGAAGAUGAUGGCUAUUAUAACACAUCUCCGCUGCAAGAUGAGGCAACACCGCUUCGAGCAGAGCCUAUCUACUCCACUUCCAUCUCUGCACUUGAUCGUCCCAAACCACAGAGCCACACGUAUAGGUUUUAAUGGGCAGUCUUUGAAGUACAAGUGGAUGUCAGAUUGUGAGCAACUCAAAUGCGACGAGUGGAUAUCAUAGACCUCUUGCACGGUGCGCCCUCACUGGGUAAAGCCUUUGUCAUUUAAAUCACAGCGCGUCCAUAUUCAUGCGUGUCAACGAGAAACAAUGACCUCUCCUCAGAUGUGACAUCUGAUGCACUUGGUCUGUUCAACUUUUAACAAUGCACAUUGCCUUGUAAAGAUAUGUAAAGCCUGCAGCGCGAAGCACAUGGAUUUUAAUAUCUCGGUGAAAUUAUGCUCUGUAAAAAUUGAAUAGUUUCCAGUUUAUAUUUUUUACUUGCUAAAAAAAAGUAGUAAGCAAAAUUGACAGCAAAGCAGCUCCAUACAAAUGUUUUCUGUAAUAUUUAUUGCUCAGUGUAUUUAAGAUUUUAUCAUGUUUAUCAACUCAAGAAGACUUUUUUUCUAUCAUAAAAUGACCAAGAGUAACUAUAACGAAGUUGGAUGUAUUGGCAGACAAUAUUUCCGAGAAUAUUUUUUCCUUCAAAAUCGUACACAGUGCAGAAAACUAACAGCACAUCAUUUGUACAGAACUCAAUGUUUUAGUUAAUAGUACCUUGGCUUUACAAUCCUCAAACUCAAACUAACUUCCAAUCUGGAAGUAUCUGAAAGAGAUUUUCAAAAACACAUGAUUAAUUUCGAACUUUAGUUUAGUUUUGGAUUUGUUGUGGUUAAGUCGGGUGAAUUUUGUCUUUAUCUGGUCUAAAUAUGAGGCUCAUAUUUUGUACAUCUUGGGUUUUUUAUGAAAAAGAGGAGAAAGUUUGUAAGAAAUGAAUUUCAUUGCUGUGUACAUAAAAUCGCGUGUACAGAUGCAAAUAUGUUAGUCUAAAUACAACACAACUCGUAUAUGCCAAAAUUACUUGGUAGGUUAAUUUGCUGAACACUAUCUGAAGAAUUAAGGUAUACAAAUACAUCUUGAUAAGUUCUCUGCCUAUGGACACGGCCCCUCCAACACAUACGACUUUGUAUCUGUAAAAAACGUUGGGAAAUAUGGGUUGAUAUGUAGACCAACGUUGGUUAACAUAUCAACAGGAUAAACUCUUGGGCAAAUUCUUUUCAAUAGUUGGACAACUUUUACCCAAAUGAGGUAAUUUCAAACCAAUAUUGGGUAAAAAUAUAUUUCCCAACAGUGUUUUACCCAACAUUUUUUACAAUGUACACGUGUACUACAUACAGUCCGAGGACAGCUGCAAGACAACAACAGAUUCAAAGUUGUCCUCAAACGGAGAUUUUUUUUGAGAAUAGUCAUUGCUUGUACACUUAUAAGUCUCUGGGAGUAUGAACAGAACGAAAUAAUUCCUUGUCCUCGAAACAAAAUCGCAAAGUCCGACUGUAUGUUCGUGGUAUUUAUCGAGGACUUAAUGCAGCUUCUCACUGUACAGGGUAUUCAACCGAGGACGGCUUGCUGUAAUCGAGGACCCUGUAAUCUUCAGUGAUUUGUUUUUAGUAAUUUUAGAGUAUUAUCUUUCCUCCGUUAAUACCACUCGCAAAUCUCACACUUCACACCCCAUAAUAAAAGGGAUACCAUUUUUGUAUAGUUUUGAUUUUAGUAUAGCAUAUCUUUUGCACUUGUUCAUUAUGAAGCACAGUACUAGGAAAUCGUCUAUAAAAUAUGUACAUUGUAUAUUUAUUUUCCAUGUCUUAAAUCGUGUACAAUUUGUGAAAUUUGCAAUUGUUAUUGAUAAAAAAAGGUUGUACAAAUAUGUAAAUUCACGACGCAAAUGAUGACAUUAAAACAGAUUGCUCAAAAAGUUUAA